AGCGAGACAUGCUUAUCGCAAAUCCCAAGAGUAUCGAUUUUACAACACGAACUAUGUAUAUGCUAUAAAUAAUCAUGAAUGAAUACGCAUUUCGGAUGUUUACAAAGCAUAUGGCAAGUUUAAGUUUCAAAUCACGUUAGUGAUUGUAUAACCGUACAAAGUAUUUGAAAGAAAUUACUCUCCGUGUUGACUCAUUGUCAUAUUUCGCAAUGUUAUUUGCGGUUAUGUCCACAAGUGCAUAAGUCAACAACGGAAUAUGUGUUGUGUUUUAAGUCGUUUAAGUGUCUAUUGAAUGGAUUACUAGAUGGAUAACUCGACACAGUGGAAGACUUUAACCGAUGAAAAAGAGGACAGAUGUAUCGUAGAAACCCGUCAAGACACGGGGGACAAAAAUCCUGAUAUUAAAUAUAGAAAAGAUGACGAUGAACGAGAACGGGAUUCCACAAGAGAUGACAGAUUCGUCGAAACCGAUGAUCACCCUGAAUUUCUGCAAAGUCGACAGUUUAAAAACAUGAAGCCGUACUAUAGUGGAUCAAUUCUAGACGACCGAAAUGCCGAAAUGAGAAAGUCAAUUUAUUAUAUCAGACAACAUUGGGACGACUUUGGCAUCUUUACAAAAUGGCUUAAGGAACUGUUCUUGAACGACGAGCCUAUUGCAUUUAAAGACAAAACAACAGAAGAAGACUUUGAGAGACUAUUUUCAAGGCAACGCAAUUGGAUGACAGAGGAAAGUGUACACACAGAACCAGUCAGUUUUGAAGCGAUCCGCUUGUAUACCUCAGACGAAGGGUAUAAGCGUAUUUAUAAACUUUGUAAUCACGUGUUUAGGGACGAACAUUGCUUGAUUUCAACGAAAGAGAUACGUAGCGUUGUAUUCCUUAUUGAAUUGAUUAACAUUGAUUUGUACAAUUAUUGUUUGCUGCACUCUGAGAAAAGGGAUUAUCAAGGGACGGUAUAUCGCGGAAUGGUUUUGAAUGAAAUGGAUUUUGAACAGUUCAAACGCCUGCGACAUGCACCUUCAAGCUCUCGAAACAUUGCAGUUCCGCUGGUACUCUUCUCAGCAAGUUUUGAUGUAGGUGUCGCACGGAGAUUCAUUAAACAUCGGCUGAAAGAAGCCAGCAAGGAGGGUUUAAAACUGCAACCUGUCGUAUACAAAAUAAACAUAAUAGGACUGAAACCCGAAUUCAUUCAACACUUCAAAAGUAGGUUUCCGAAAAUGACGCUGACCUCCAUGGGUGCUGUCGACAUUCACGAGAUUUCGCGGCACCCGGGAGAGAAAGAAGUCAUCCUCCGAGGACCUUAUACGUUGAUUCUGGACAUUUAUGAUGACGAGAAGGACUUGGUUGGUGUACCAUGCAGUGUUCUGGAGGCAUUGGUGAUCACGUCUAAUCGGGAUCACAUCACAACCUCCCAACCCGGGCCCGACGACGAUUUAGCUAGGGAUAUGUAUGGUGCCAUGGUUAUCGUUACCCGCAGCGAAUAUGCCGUGCAGUAUUGUCGAUCCAAGGGCUUGCACCGAGAUGAGUCAGAUUUUCAGGACAUUCUUGAAAAUGCAAGAAUUCAGCUUGAUAAACUGUGGAAUUUAUGAUUUCGUUAUUAAUAAUAAAGAGCAAAUGUGA